AUGAGGAUCGUUUUCGAAAAUGGAACCAUCUACCAUGGAAGGUACGCCUCGGCAUUCGAGACCUGUACCACCAUGGUCAUCAACGAUGGUAUGAUCGAAUAUCUGGAAAACGAUGCCGGACGACGGAUUCCACACCUCAGCAACGGAGAGGCCGCCAAGAGGGUGAACCUAAAAGGGCGAUCCGUAUUCCCGGCUUUCAUCGAUGCUCACAUGCAUCUGCUGCAAUUCGGAGCCUCCUUAGUGAAAGUUGGACUCGACAACUGUCGCAAUCUCGAUGAGAUAAGGACCACCAUAUCCGAGGCUGCAAAACGCGACCCAAGCGCUCCACGCAUCCUCUGUCGAGGAUGGAGACAAGCCAGCACUAACCGCAGAGCCCUCGCUAGCAUGAUCGACGACAUUGAUUCUCGACCAAUCUUCAUCGAUGCAGACGACUUGCACUCAGAAUGGUGUAGUACUUCGGCGCUACGAGAAAUGGGUAUCACCCGCGAUAGUGCUGAUCCUGUCGACGGUGUAAUACAUAGAGACAAGGAUGGAAAUCCGACUGGUCUGAUCAGUGAAGGAGCAGUCUUCAGUAUGGUCUGGCCUCACUUGAUAGGCCAGAUGUCGGAAGAGGACAAAAAGGGCUGCUUUCGAACAGCCAUAAAAGAGUACCAUGCUUCGGGAUAUACCAGCGUGAUCGAAAUGGCUAUGGACCAAGGCAACUGGGAUCUAAUUGAGGAUAUGCACAAGAACGGUCAUCUGGGCCUACGUGUUGCAGCACACUGGAUGAUCCUACCUACCGGUGAUAGUGCUGGUGCCCUUAAUCAAGUGCAGACAGCAAUCGAUAUCCACGCCAAGUAUAACCUUCAGAACUCGCCAGAUUUCAGAAUCGCUGGAAUCAAGAUGAUCCUUGAUGGCGUUGUCGACUCUUGUACGGCUGCGCUCUCGAAACCCUACCUAGUGUCUCCGCACGACCUCGGUGAUAUGAAUUGGAAGGAGGAUGUUGUACGAGAAGUGGCGGCUAAAGCUGAUGCUGCCGGUCUUCAAAUAGCGCUCCACGCGAUUGGCGACGCGGCCAUACAUCUUGCUAUCAACACACUGGAGGGUCUCGGUACAAGUGGCCGGCGUCACAGGAUCGAGCAUCUCGAAUUGACUCGACCCGACGAUGCCAAAAGGUUAGGAAAACUCGAAAUCACGGCGUCCAUUCAACCUGUGCAUUCCGAUCCUUUGAUACUCGGAGCGUGGCCUGAGCUGCUCGGCCGUGAGCGUUGUGAUUGGGCCUUUGCCCAUCGAGAGUUCCAGGAACAUGGCGCUCAAUUAGCCAUUGGUACCGACUCGCCCACCGCGCCGCAUCUGCCAUUUCCCAAUCUUUAUGUGGCAAACACAAGAUUGUCUGCACGUGACUUGCAUGACCAUAGCAAGAUAAAUCAGCGGAAACCGUUAGAUAUGCAUCAGGUGUUUGGUGCUGCGACCUGGGGGGGCGCAUAUUCCUGCUUUGCCGACAAGGAGAUCGGCAGCUUAGAUGUUGGAAAGAAGGCCGAUUUUAUCAUAGUGGACGGACUGUCGCACGGCUUUGAGGCCAAAUCCUUGCUCAAGGCCAGUAUCGAUGAGACUUGGAUGAACGGCGAAAAGGUGUACUCGACAUAA